GCGGUCGCGGGCGGCCCGCACGUGACCCUCGCGCGGAGCUCGGCUCUCGGCUCAGUCGCCCUGCUCCGAGCUCUGCCUCGGUCGCGGCGCUGUGCUCUCCGACCCUCCCCGGGGCCGCCGUGUUUCCGGGCCUGCUGAUCCUUCCCUGUGACUUCGGCUUUUCGCACCCUCCUUCCUGGAGGCCGAGGCCCGGGCGCGUACGUGGCUGUGAAGCCGGUGUGCUUGGCUGACGGCGAUGGAAAUCUUCCUGAAUAGAUGUCCGUAUUCAAAACAAACGAACAAACAAACAAAAAACAGUGAUGCACCGGCUCGUGUUCUUAGAGAGCCAGAGCGAAAGCUGGAGGAAGCCCGGGUUUACUGCCAAUUCUGUCUGCUGCCGAGCGUCUGACUUGAAGCACCUUUGCCAGAACAUACAUUGCGCUCUUACAGUUAACACCGAAAUAGCGUGGGUAGUAUGUGGAGAGCAAGGAAAUGAUGUCACUCACAUUCACUUAGUUGAUAACUAUUUGGCUUAAACUCACUGACCAACAGUAGAACUGAGGUUCCCUUGGACUGUCAUUACGGAGCACUGUGUGACACUUUGGAACUUCAGAGAUUAGGACACUGGCCUCUGACUUGGUGCCAUCUGUGACUUGUAGAAAAUAUGCUCUCUAUGUUCUUACUGAAAACACACCCAGAUAUUUCGGGAGAACACAUCGUUCGUUGUCCUGAGCACCUAAACUCACUGGCAGAAACAGAACGUGUGGAAAUGUAAACUUUGCUAGGAGAACAAGCUGUAAUAGAUGUGGUCGAGAGAAAACAACUGAAGCCAAGAUGAUGAAAGCUGGGGGAACAGAAAUAGGAAAGACGCUGGCAGAGAAGAGCCGAGGCUUAUUCAGUGCAAAUGACUGGCAGUGCAAAACUUGCAGUAAUGUGAAUUGGGCCAGAAGAUCAGAGUGUAACAUGUGUAAUACUCCAAAGUAUGCUAAGUUAGAAGAAAGAACGGGAUAUGGAGGUGGUUUUAAUGAAAGAGAAAAUGUUGAAUAUAUAGAAAGAGAAGAAUCUGAUGGGGAGUAUGAUGAGUUUGGACGUAAAAAGAAAAAAUACAGGGGGAAGGCAGUUGGUCCGGCAUCUAUAUUAAAGGAAGUUGAAGAUAAAGAGUCAGAGGGAGAAGAAGAGGAUGAGGAUGAAGAUCUGUCUAAAUAUAAGCUGGAUGAGGACGAGGAUGAAGAUGAUGCUGAUCUCUCAAAAUAUAAUCUUGAUGCCAGUGAAGAAGAAGAUAGUAACAAAAAGAAAGCAAAUAGACGGAGUCGCUCAAAGUCUCGAUCAUCUCACUCGAGAUCUUCAUCACGCUCAUCCUCCCCCUCAAGUUCAAGGUCCAGGUCCAGGUCCCGUUCAAGAAGCUCUUCCAGCUCGCAGUCAAGGUCUCACUCCGGUUCCAGAGAACAUUCCAGAUCCCGUGGUUCGAAAUCAAGAUCCAGCUCCAGGUCCCACAGGGGCUCUUCCUCCCCAAGAAAAAGAUCUUACUCAAGUUCUUCAUCAUCUCCUGAAAGAGACAGGAAGAGGAGUCGCUCUAGACCUUCUUCACCCGCUGUUCGCAAAAAAAGACGAACGAGAUCACGGUCACCCGAAAGGCACCACAGGUCGUCUUCUGGAUCAACCCAUUCUGGUUCCCGUUCAAGUUCAAAAAAGAAAUAAUGUAUUAAAAUUUACAUCUUUAAAAACAUUGAGUACAGUGCAUGAAGCAUAUUUUUUAGGAAGUUGAUGUCUCAUUUGGUCAGAAGUGCUACAUCUGCUAGUAGAGGUGCAUGCCUUUAUUGCUUUUCAAAACAGUACAACUGUGUUUAUUUGUGAAAUUGGAAGUAAAUUGCAUUUUAAGCCAUACUGUUCCCCAGAUAAAUGUUCUAUUCAUUAUUUACAACCAUUUGCUUAAUUUAAAAACAGCUGUAGCAGAAUACUUUGUUUUCUUGUCCUUUUCAUUUCUAAAUGUCCUAUUGACCAAGACAGGGUUGCCUGGGCUUGCCUAGACUUUAGACACAUGGGCAAGGUUAAUAAACUUAUUGGUUAAUAACCAAUUCAUGUUUAUAUGGGAAAAGUAGUCAAUCAGGUUAUGUUGUUUACCUGUGCCAGUAAUUUCUUACCAGACAUUAACUACAUCACAAAGAUGACAACCAUAAACUUUUAGUUCUCUCUGCUGAGGGUGCCUUAGAAUCAUCUCUCCUAUCAGCUUUAUACCACUUUCAUUGCAAGAGGAUAUUAGCAAUUGCAGAAGGAGUAAGUCAACCAUCUUAUUUCAAAAUGUCUAUCUGAAAUAAAAGUUUAAGAAAUAUGGAUAUCCUUUAAAUCUAGUUACCAGAUACUGUACUUGUUUGAUAAAGGUUUCAAAGGGGGGGGGUAUAAAUCAUAGUUAAUGAGCAAAUUGAAGAAAGCUAUUGAAGCCUAUUUCUCAGUGACAGGCUGACAGAGACGUGAAUUUAGGUGAACAUUUGCCUUGAGAUGUCUGAUUUUUCAACACUGUAGAUACCAAGUAACAGAACAAUUCUUAUUUCUGCAUGAUUUAAGCAAAAUCAUUUUUUUUUUCUCACCUGAAAAAACAUAUGGCUUAAAAUGCUUUCAGAAUUUUAUUUCUAAAAUUAAAAUCUGGUCACUUGAGAUCCAUUUUGUUCUCUGGUUUAAAAGUUAAAAGGUUUCUUCUAACAGUCUCUCCAGCAGCAAAGCAAGGUAAGUAUACAAGGGCCGGCAGUUGUGCUGGGCCUCCUUAUUACAGGAAUUGUUUUCCUGUUUUUCCCUCUAGUAUUUGUCUGCUCCAGUUUAAAUAAGUGAAGCAUUCUAAGAUGUUUAGAAGGCAGAUCAAACAAAGUGUUUUUAUUUUAAAGUGAGUGUUUCUCACUUCAGCUGAUCUAAAGAUGAAAACAAUAUCACAUGUAGAAAUAUUUUCGUAAUAUUUUUACAAGCUUUCCUGUGUUUUUUGUUUUAUUUUCCUUGCUGCAUUUACUGUAGGUUGCACACGAACUCUUACUCUCUUGUAAUUGUGCCUCAGACUUCUCAAAAGUCAACAUUCUGAGUUGCCCAGAUCUUCUAGAUCCGACGUGUUAGCCUUGGUUUGUUCUUGUGCUUUCUGUAUUUAAAACUUGGGCUGUACUAGGCAAAUACAAGAUUAUAAAUUUAGCUAAUAGGAGUUUACAAACAGUUCUGAUGAUUAUGAUUUGAUUUGGUUUAAUUGAGCUGUACUAGUUCAUUUCAUCAGGAAAUGAUACUGUAGACAAAUGUAAAUAAAAUCUGUGAGUCAAGCAUCAAGUGUUGAUUAUUAGAAAUAAACUAGAAAAUUUUAAGCUCUGA